ACGCCUAGACGUCAUCACGAAGCGACAAGGAAGUGCUGCUAUGCACGUCCUUCACUUUACUCUGUGCUACACUACCUAAAGACGUUACCGAAUUGUUUUUGUAGUUUAGUAACAGUAUUACUGUGAUUUUUUCCGGUUUUAUGGAGUGACAGAAGCAAACAGAAGUGGUGUUUGGGACAAAGAAAUCCUUUUGAAAGUUUUAGCGAUUCAUUCGUGUCUCCCAGGGCCAAGCAGCCAUGACGGCUCCAAACUCGGCAGAAAGGAAGGCCUGCUGGGGAGCCAGGGACCAGCUGUGGAAAUGUCUGGAUGACAAUGAUGACAAAGCUGCAUCCUGCCAGAAGUUCCAGAGCGAGUUCAAGGCGAAUUGCCCCGCUCAGUGGGUGAAAUAUUUCACCAAGAGGAGAGACUUCUUGAAAUACAAAGAGAAGAUGCAGACAGAAGGCUUCACACCUGCUGAAGGCCCCCGGCAGCCCUCCUAACCACUGGACAGCAGACCACCAUCAAAAUCUGCAACCUGACUGACUUUUAGCCUUAUUGAGACCAGGGCCAGAGGUGCAGGACUUUGAGAGGAGUCUGCUGACUUAAUUGUGGACAGAGUACCUGAACUUCACCUUUCAUCGUUAUUUAUUUGUACAGAUAAAAGCUUCAUCAAGAAACAUAUUGCAUAUUCGCAGCUCCAAGUGGCAGAAUGAGCGAUCUGUUUGAAAAUAGUUUGAGCUUCCCUCCUCAGAAAUUCUUGGCGUCAGCUGAUGUUAACCAGCCCAGCUGGUCUGAGAUGUUUGAGCCGCAGUUCGUGAAUCCAGUGUUCUCAGUCAGUUGAAUUUCACCUGGAAAUUACAUGUAAUUUUGCCACAGUGGACAAACUUGACUGUUGUUACUUGAGUCAAAUUUAUGAUGUUGGAAUACUUGUAAUCAGUGCAGCCCUUACACAUAUCCACACAUACAGUACAUGCACACACACACACACACACACACACACAGGGUCUGUGUCAACACUCAUCUUAACACUGUCCAAUAUGAAUUUUCUGUGAUUGUGUUUAAUGAAAGUAUCACUUCCUCUCCAUUUGUCCCAAACACAGAGUGGUGUUCCACCUCUGCAUGGAGUUUGGGUUAAACGUUUUUGUGCAUUCAAACCAGUCAUGAGUUUUGAUCAGUUCAAUUAUACUAGUGUGAUUUACAGAUAAAUGCUCAUCUUUUCUGAUUGCUGAUCCUUCCCUUUUUAAUUCCCGGACAGUGCCUCAUUAGGCAAAAUCUCAAAAGUGUGACUGACUUGUGGUGUUGUAUGUAAAUAAAUAAAACAAUAAAUACAA